AGGUACAGACGCACAGCCUGGUGAUCCACCUGUUUAGGACACCCUUUCUGCUAUUCGGAGUGCUCCUCUCUUUCCGGAGCUUAUACUUUUGCUCUUGGCUGCAGGAUCAGGUGGCGUACGAGCAAAGCUUUCCUCUCCUCUUAAUUUUCUUAAAUGUCUUUGCCGAUCUAUCAUUUGUCUGGAUGAGUUACGUGAGCUCUCAUGUGCUCUUUGCUUGAUAAGAAGCUCCCCGCAUUUACAAGAUAUUCAAAUGCAGAUUGGUUAUGGUGAUAAAUUCUCUCUUCCUGUGCCCAAUGAUGUUGUCAAUAAAAUUCCUGCAACCUUCUCAGAUGUGACAUGGAAUUACCUCAGGUCUAUUAAGCUUGAAGGUAUUGCAGGCACAAAGCCCGAGAUGGAGCUUGUCAAGCUUCUAUUAGCUAAGUCUCCGAUGCUUGUGAGAAUGCUGAUCCAGCCUAAGAUUGGGAAUGAAUCUGCUGAAACAAGACUGAAACUACUUAGAGAGAUAACAAAGUUUCCGAGGGCAUCACCUAAAGCAGAAGUUGACUAUGAUUAGAUAACAAUUCUGUUUGGUCUCUAGUCGUUUAUUAGACCAUCAUACCAGCAUAAGUUUUUGUAAGCCAAGAUGAAUAGAUGUUAGUUAAGGUGGAUGCAGCAGCAUAUGGUUGUGUUUUGCAAUUUGCGAACAUAAGUUAAAUCUUGUUAGAUGUUUUGAUGCCUCAUCUUGAAUGAUCUAUGAAGUUGGAUUUAG